AAUAAUAUGCUUGUGUCAACGUACCCUGGAAUAUUUAGUCCACGAUGCACAGAAAAUCCCCAGAGGCAAAUAAAUACAGUUCGAGGGAGCUUCCUAGUGCCGACUACUAGUAUUCAAUGACUUGAUGAUGAUUAUGCAGGGUGUUCAUGGCCGUGUGUGUGUCCCGGAGUUUUUUUUGUAGCAGCCAAAGUUUGUUUCCAUGGCGGGAAAUCGAGAUUUUUCUAGGUACUGUACCGGUACGCGGUAUCUACAGCCUGUAGAAAUCCAACACCACCGAAUUCCGUAUUUUCCACAAGUGAUUCCCCUGGAAAAAACUUUAAAAAAUGUUGAAGCCCUACGUCUGGAGAACAUGCCUCUCACACUGUGCGGCAGCUUGCCUCGGUCCAGUCGCCAGAACAAUCUGUUUGGAUUGCCUGCUGUCCUAAGUGCAUGUCAAGUUGCAACACUGCGGGACAAAGGAAGGGCGGAAGUGACAUCAACUCUGGCCCACCGCGAUGUCACGUCUGAUGAGCACGAUCGGUUUUGGAUCCAGCGGGAGCAGAACGCACGGGUGCAGGCCAAUGAGAUGUUGGCUGUGCGACAGCAGCAGAUUGCCGAGGGUGUGCGUCGGCACCUGGAGAGAUCCGAGAUGAACGAUGACGAGAGUACUGCUGGGGCAGCUCGUUGCAGUGCGAGCAGCAAUAGUGGCCAUGAUCAGGCUGAGGAGAGUUCAACGAUGGCUGCGAGCGGAGCGCAAUGCUCUGCGAGUGCCGAGCUCGACAACGAUGACAUGAGCUGUGAUCGGAAAGACAAGGUAGUUGCCAGCACAAGCUCCAGAGUGCAGAGCAGCAGCAGUAGCAGCACGAGCACUUCACCAGCAGUGCAACAGUCUGUUAUCGUCCGCACUAUGAUCGGUGAUUCGUUUCCACCGAUACCACUCGAAAAGUUUGACUACCCUCGAACUGAAUCCGAGUGUCAACGCUGGAUGGUGUUCAAACAUCUGACAGACCAGGGCUAUCACCUGUGUAGUGGGUUGAAUUUCGGUGCUGACUUCAUUAUGUACAAAGGUGAUCCACUGCUGGUGCAUUCUUGUGCCAUUGUGCUAGUCGUGCCCCACUCACAGAAGAUGUCUUUGACCAGAUUGGUGGCGGCUGGGCGGCUGGCGUCCAAGGCUAGAAAGACAGUUCUGCUGGCAUCGUAUACUGGACGUUGGCAGCAGCCACGGCCGGCAGAACAUUUGCGUUCUUCAGAGGAUGAGAGUGGAGUUCGGUGUGUCACUUUUCAAUGGAGCGGCAUACACUGAAGUAGAAUUGAUCAUGUACAUACACUGUACGUGUAAAUCUACACUUACUUGUAAUUCCAUAAUUCUACCUCAGUUUGUAACUGCCAAUAUGGCAUUACCAUUCCAGUCAUAACAGCAUACAAUUACUUCGAAGUAGAAACUUUUUUAUAUUUAUUUUCCGGCAGAUCAGCUGCUUUUUUUGCUCACCAAAACCCACGAAAUAUUUCAACUUUUUUUUAAAUCAAUGUAGCAUGUAGUAUUGUUGACUGAUACUGUAUUUAUGUUUAGUAUUAAUAAUUUUAUUUUCAGGAUUACUCCACAAAUCAUCGCAAAUACGUUUUACCCACCCAGUACCAGUAUUGCCAAAAUCCAUGGUUGUGGUGUUAGGGAUCAUACUUGAAGGACAUAACUAGCUUUCUCACAAACCAAACUACUUUUUUUGGGAGGGAAUGGCCGAUUUUGCUUCCGAUAAUAUAACCCAUGCCCAUAAA